UGUCUGGAAAGUUCUAUGCCCUUCUUAAAGCGCUUGUCAGAUGUGAGUCUGCAAGACAACGUGGACCCGGAUUCAAGCUUUUCACAAGGAGGCACACAUCACAGCCUUAAUACGAAGUGUUAGUUGCGCAGACCCGUAAGCAAGGUUCUCUGCGCAGCCAGCUGGAAGCUUCGGCGGGUGUUUUUCACAAGCUGCAAUCGCGUGUUUUUUUUUUUUUUUUUUUGGAGAAGUAGGUAGCUUAGCUUUUUUUUUUUUAGCCGCCACUACUGUUAGCCUGUGAGCUGCAGAGCAGGUCAGAAGUAGGAGGGAGGAAUCCGCAAUUCAUGGCAAUGACUGCAGAGGAGCAGACAGGUGAAGGACAGCACACCAUCCCGAUGGAGGGAGAGGACAUCACGCCGAAGAAAGACGGCGGUGUUUUGAAGCUGGUGAAAAGGGAAGGCACUGGCACAGAGCUGCCCAUGACCGGUGACAAAGUGUUUGUCCAUUAUGUGGGCACGCUUCUGGAUGGUACUCAUUUCGACUCGAGCAGAGACCGAGGAGAGAAGUUUUCCUUUGAGUUGGGCAAAGGUGAUAAGGCGUGGGACAUCGGCGUAGCCACCAUGAAAAUCGGAGAGUUGUGCCAGCUCAUAUGUAAGUCGGAGUAUGCUUAUGGAUCUGCAGGGAGCCCACCCAAGAUACCCCCCAGUGCCACUCUUGUUUUUGAGGUUGAACUAUUUGAAUUUCGGGGUGAGGACAUAACUGACGGUGAGGAUGGAGGAAUUAUCCGCCGCAUUAUUACUAAAGGGCAAGGCUAUUCAAAGCCUAAUGAAGGAGCUGCUGUUGAAGUUACUCUGGAGGGGUCCUGCGAGGGCCGUGUGUUUGAUGAGAGAGAAUUAAAGUUUGAGAUUGGGGAUGCAGAGAGUCAGGGCUUGCCAGUCGGUGUGGAGAAAGCGAUCGUGGCUAUGGAGGAGGGGGAGGAGGCGCUCUUCAUCAUGAAGCCCAAGUAUGGCUUUGGGAAUACAGGAAAUGCCAAGUAUAACAUUCCUGGCGGAGCAACGCUGCAGUACAAGAUCAAGCUGACAGCCUUUGAAAAGGCUAAGGAGUCGUGGGAGAUGAACACAGUAGAGAAACUGGAACAGAGCGUUAUCGUCAAAGAGAAGGGAACACAGUAUUUCAAGGAGGGAAAAUACAAGCAUGCGUCAGUGCAGUACAAACGGAUCGUGUCAUGGCUGGAACAUGAAGCUGGUUUGUCAGAGGAGGAUGAGGGGAAAGCGAAGGCUCUGCGGCUGGCUGCGCAUCUCAACCUGGCCAUGUGCUUCCUCAAACUUCAGGAGCCAAACCAAGCCCUGGAGAGCUGUGACAAGGCUCUGGAGUUGGAUGAAUCCAAUGAGAAGGCUUUGUUCCGGAGGGGAGAGGCACUGUUUGGUAUGAAGGAGUUCGACAGGGCAAGAGAUGACUUCCAACAAGUCGUCCAGCUGUAUCCUGCCAACAAGGCUGCCAAGAGCCAGGUUGUUUUUUGUCAAAAGCGCAUCAAGGAGCAGCAUGAGAAGGACAAACGCAUCUACGCAAACAUGUUCGAAAAAUUCGCCGAGAGGGAUUCUAAGAAAGAAGCGGAGAGGGGGAAGCCUGCUAAUAAGGAGGACAGGGAUGAAGAGAUGGAGAUCGAGAACGGAGAAAAAGAAGUUGCGAGUUAAACGAAGGUUUAGACGAUGAUGUGACCGUGAUGGUUCAUCUGUACUUAAGACUUUUGUAACUUCAGCAAUUUAUGGGGAAAAAAAAAAAAUUAUGUGUGUGUGUGUAUGCAUAUGUGAAGAGGAGUAUAAGUGUGUGUGAGUAUGAGCAUGUUAACGCAAGCACUGACUUUGGGGCGCGUCUUCUCUGGCUUUCUUUGUGUCCAAGCUGUUUGCUGUGGCUACUCGCCGGAUGGGUGGGGCUUUCUCCGGCUUGAUGGCACUGUGGGUCGAGGUUUAAACAAAAAAAAAAAACAAAAAACACAAAAAAAAAGUGUAACACCACCGUCAACCCUUUUGAACUGUGCAUGUGUUUUCACAGCAUUUUGGGAAGGAAAAAAAGUGCAUCCAAGUGUUAAGUGCGAAAUGUCAAAUCCCCACCCGUUAAGGGCUAGACCAUUCACAUUGCACUACCCUCUGUCCUAUACCCCCCCUCCCCCCUCCUCACACCUUUAUGCUCUCCAUCCGACCCUCCUCAUGGGCCUACUGAUCAAUUUCCGGAGGUGUGAUGGUUGUGUGCAUAGAUGUGAUGUGUGUGAGUGUCCCAAAGUACGUAUGUAGCAGCACUGUGGACAGGUGGAGAAAUAAAGACUAUAGCCUUUAAUAGCUAGUCGGACUUGAAUCUUCUCUAAAGACGGAGCUCCCCUUUUAGCCCCCCCCCCCCCCCCAGAGUUCAACAGGACUGUUCACCAUUGCUUCGGAAAUAUUGACUUUGUAUUUUCUUUUUUUUUCCCUCUAGUGUUGUGUUUGUGAUUUCUGUACUGUUUUUUUUAAGUAAUGGAUUCAACCAACUACAUGACUGGAAUAUAUAUGUUUUUUAAAAAGCAGCUACAAAUGACAUGAAUUAGAUUCUUUACACACUUAAGUAAUGGAAAGUUUAAAUAUUAGUCUUAAUUUACUGUCAAAAUGACAUGUAUGGAAAUAUGCUGUUCUGGCUCAUCAGUUUCAGGCUGUUAAAGACGGUACACCAUAGGACGACGGCAGCCCAGUUUAUUUGAGUCAGGGGGGAAGGUUGUGUUGAGUUUUAGAUUUUUUUCCGGUUGGACAUGUCACUGUUUGUUCUGCCCUGACAGAAAGAUACAAUAAAAUAUAGCUACAACUUGACUGUGUGAUAGUCCUGUCUGAUCUGUGCCCCCGCAGUCUGCAGUAACCAUGAAGCACUUAGCGUUCCCCUUGUGCUGGUUUCUGCUUUUAAAUCAAGUGUGGUGAGAAAAACAAACACUGUCAAAUGCUGUCAGUUAAGGACAGUUCAGUUGGAGAGGACACAUUUGAAUGAGUUGUGAUUUUAGGUUGCUUUAAAGCUUAAUCUGUUGAUUUAACACUAUUUUUGAUGUUUCAAAGAAGAAGAAUACAGUCUCGUUUUUUAGUAAAUCAUAUUUUGGUCGUGUGCUGUUAUUUAGACUAUGUAUGCAAUUGUUAUCAAAUGUGCAUCUUAAAUUUGAUUCAACAGUUGAUUAGAAAACAAAAACAUAAGAGUGAUUUUUAAAGAUUAGCCAGCUACACAUGGAUUCACUUCUGCACAGCAGUAAUACUUCCAACUGUUUUCCACUGUCCCAUUAUAAACCUAUGGUGUACUUGCAGUAGUCAGGAGGUCAGAGUCUUCUUUCUCAUGGGAUGAACAGGAUCUGAUCUGAUCCUCAAGCUUUCCCACAAGGACAGUGGUGUCAGUUUACGGACGUGAAUUUGCUCCGAGGCCGCUUGUUGGUUACAGGUGGAUAACGAAUCCUUUGUUCCAUGUAUUUGAUUUAUGAUUAGCUAUACAGUAAUAAAAGUGUUUUCUUAAGGUGUUUCCAUUAACUCUUCAAAGGGUUUUGACAUAGGAAGGAAAGGAUCCUAACAGGCCUCACCUGGGGGGUCUGUUUUCUCUCUUCAGAGCAUAUGUUCCCUUUGUUCUUUGUUUGCUUGCUUGACAGUUGUACAAAUAAACUACAAGAGAGUGGACAUUA